UAAUGUUUUAUAAUGGCGGAUCUUCGAUUAAGGCACGCCAAGAAUAUACCGCUAAUUAAUUCCUAAGUGCAUAAUUAUUAGUGAAGUUUAUGUGGAAUUAGUAAUAUAAACAAUGGAGGAUUUGAAGGACGGAAUGUGUCGGUGUUGUGCCUCCGAGGGUACUUAUAAAGACUUCACAGCUUCAUAUCAAUGGAUGGGUGCCGAAGAAGUAUAUGGCGACAUGUUAAAGGAUUGCUUCGAUAUUACUCUCUCAACGUCACUGGUGAACAAUGGUGGUAUUUGCGAGGUCUGCAUCACACAAUUACGGAAUGCAUUUAAUUUUAAAAAACAGGUACAAAAUACUGAAGAACAAUUUAAGAGGAUGCAAGAUCAGUUUUUAAAAGGAGAUAUAGUUAAAAUAGAAUUGAACAAUGAUCCAAUGGAAAACUCUGACGGUGGUGAUAAUAUUGAUGAUGAUUUCUCUAGUCCUGAGUACGACGUACCAAUCCAGUCGAUUAAAAUUGAGCAGAUGGAAUCGAAAACGAAAAAGCGACCAGCGAGGGCUUCCACGUCGAAAGCGAAAAAGCCCAAAGUGGAAGUAGGAGAGCCAUCGAAUAAACGAACAGAAGACAACGCACCCAAACGCAGAAAGCGGAAAGUGAAAACUGAUCAUAGCGCUACCCCAGAACGCAUAGAACAUAGGGUUAACCUCACAACGAUACUCCAAUACUCCAAUGCCAGCCCGUUUAGGGAUAAAACUAUGCGCGGUUUCUCCUGUCUCUACUGCGCGAAGUAUUUCCAAACUAUAGACGAGUUGCGCAGACACACAGCCCUGCAAAAUGAAAAGAAUAAAAUCAAUAAAAUGCUGGAUUACAAACUUAGCUAUAAUCCUAUAAAAGUCGAUAUCACAGACCUCCAAUGCGGCAUCUGCCAACGCCCCAUGAAGGAUUUGAACGAGCUAAAAGAUCACCUAACUAGCGAACAUAAUAAAACAAUACAUAGAGAUAUAAAAGAUAUCAUUCUACCGUUUCGUUUGGAGAACGGGCAGAAUUUCGCUUGCGUUCUGUGUUCGGUGGUUCAUAUAUCGUUUAAAAAUUUGUAUCAUCACAUGAGCAGUCAUUAUAGGAAUUAUUGUUGCUCCAAAUGCGGUGUCGGUUAUAUAACAAUAGCGGCGUUGCGCAAACACGACAAAACCCACUUUCAGGGCAACUUUGCGUGCGACUUUUGCGAUAAGACGUACACAUCGUUGACGAAGAAACGCAAUCACGAAAAGGGCGUGCACACCGGCGGAUGGUUGCGCAACAAAUGUCCUCAUUGUCCGGAGAUUUUUGUCAGCUACUACGAUCGUAGCGAGCACCUGGUGAAAGCGCACAAUCAGGCGCCAUUGAUAUUCCCGUGCAACGCCUGCAACAAGACGUAUAAGAAGAAAUUCGAGCUGAACAGGCAUAUACGGCAUCAUCACCUUCAGCAGAAGAGUUUUCUGUGCGACAAGUGUAACGCAAAGUUCUUCUCGAAGCGUGGGUUAGUCGAUCACAUGACCCGGCACACGGGUUCCGAGGUGUGUUCCUGUGAUCUGUGCGGAAAGACGUUCUCUCGUCUUCGCACCCUGAAGGACCAUUUGAAAAUUCACGAAGAUGAUAAGAGAUAUCAGUGCGAGGUCUGCAAGAAGACGUUUAUGCAGAAGUGCAGUCUGAAGAGUCAUAUUAAAUUGCACCAGGAUGACUUGGAUAUAUUCAAAGAGUUUGAUGACGUGAAACAUUUGAUUGAUAAUCGGGAGAUGACGCUGAAGGAAAUUGCCGCUGAGAGUAAGAGGAAGGCUGAGGAGGAGAAGAGUUGGUUUGGCAAAAAUGAUGCGGACAGCUGAAGGAAUCGCUGGUUAGGUUUAAGGAGUAUGAAGAUUUUAUAGCGGAUAUUUUACUACAGAACGAAUAUAAAAUUUGCAUAUUAGGUAUUGCAAUAUUAUUGUAUUACAGGCAGGCCUAAUACAUGGAUACCAUUGUGUAUACAUACGAAAAUUGUAUAUAUGUAUUACUUGAAUAAUAUAGUUUUAAUGGGUGCAAUGUAUAUUAAAAUUUAACUCUACGUAUCUAAGUAUCGUUUCUCAACCUAAGUGAUCAGAGUCCUUGAGCUGAGUCGAGUCCCGUACGUCAAAAAUUUUAGUGAAUCAUAGACAAUACAAUCGCGCUUCUAGUUAAUCUUUGACAAUUAAAUGUCAGGGCCAUACGUCACCGGGACGCCAUGGCAACGUUACCAUGGCAACGUCUGGCGUCUAUGCGUCGCCAAUGCUUAUAUUUUCUGUCUCGACACAAAAAUAAAAUUUAAAACU